AUGGGGACUGUCUGUUCACUUGUGCCAUCGCCUGUCCCCAACUUUGCAGGCGCAUCAACUACUGAGGCUGGACCACCCGUCAAGCCAUGGCACAUGCCGUCGGAACUGCCCAACAUUUCCUACAUCGUCAACCCACUUCUCCCAGGCUGCCACGGCAACCCCCAGCGCUCGGCCAUCAGAGGCUACCCGCCCGUUCAAGAAACCCGCAUUAAGCCAUAUCUCUGA